AUGGCUCCGAAAGCUCUUUCUACCCCAAAAUUUCAAGGUCCUCGAGAAAAUCGACGGUCAAUUUCCUCCCAUUCCACUUCUCCUCUCUCCUCUAAUGCAUUCCCAGAUCAGAGAUCCUUCAGAGAGAUUCUUACGCGGGAGCACAAGGAGAAUAAGAGGAUAACGACCAAUAGGUAUGACAUGUGGCUGAAGCUAGGCACAUGUGACCAUAACUUCAAUGAGAAACGGGAAAGAGUGGUGAAGGCAAGUCGUGAUAUCACAAUGAACAGUAAAAAAAAAAGUCAUCUUUCAGGUUCACAGACUCAGCAAAGACAACAAAGAGGAGGUUUUGGAGAAAGCAGGGAAAGAUUUAGAAGCAGGGAGAGAGCAAAAAUUUUCACGGCUAAUGAAAGAGCUUCAACCAACAAAUUUUUGGAAGCUGAGACGAGCUUCUCACCAGGGGUGCAGGAAUAUUUUGAAGCUGCAACGUUUUAUAAGUUCUGUUUAUCCGGGACUCUCUCUACUCUCGAUGAGUUUAACGCUACGCUUUUACCGUUUAGUGAACCUUCUAUGGAACCUCUGCAGAACAAUAUCCUUGACUAUAUUCUUGGGCUUGCGGAUUUCACUGGAGAGGUAAUGAGGAUAACGAUUGGUAGAAUAGCAGACGGUGAGAUCGAACUCGCGGAGCGGAUCUGCCAGUUUGUUAGACAGAUCUAUAGGGAGCUAAUGCUGGUUGUGCCAAAGAUGGAUGUCAGUUACGACAUGUAA